UUCACGAAUACAAAUUUGUAGGUAUUAAUCCCGGCAUUGACAGUAACAAAGGUGAGCCAUACAGCACGCACAUUGUGAAGGCCUGCAGGGGUACGGUAACUCGACAGAGACUUUCGAAACCCCGUCAUGGUUACGCACCGUGAACCACCGGCACGGAACAGAGCUACGCUGCCUCUUGCAUCCAGUGCAUAUUACGUCUCUUCCGCCGCAACGCCUGGCUUGUUUUCUUUAUGAAAAUGACAGUCUGUGGCCGCACGGAUCGGCGACUAUGAUUGAUACUUAAGCAAAUCCGUAUAUAGAAUGCCAAAUAUACGAUAUUAGUUCAUUUCGGUGUGGUACGGCUGUUGAGACUGUGAGGGAGUACCAUGGCUCGACAGGACGGCUAUAAAUAUGAGGGUGUCCCUGUUGAAAACUUCAAGAUCGACGAGGAGUCUGGCAAGACCAAGGUGCUAGAGGCGAAUGGGGCCAACGUGAAGACGAGACAGCCUAAGGCACCCAGGCUCUUCAGGUUCAAAGUCGUCGUUGCCGUUGUGGUGGCCAUCAUCAUAUUGAUCGUGGUCAUCGCUCUCGUGUUAUUCUUCGCUACAAGGGAUAAUGUAAAGCCUGUGUUCCAGACCUGCCCCGCUGAAGUUAUCGGAACCGUCCAUUCCGAGAGCGAAGCGGGGAACAUCAGCGUGAGUUGGGACGUGCCGGUAGCCACUGAUGACUCCGACCGUGUCAACGUCACGUCCUCCCACGGGUCGGGGGACCUGUUUCCCCGGGGGAGCAUCACCAACGUCACGUAUCGGGCCGUCGACCCGUCGGGUAACGAAGCGGUGUGCACUUUCCCUGUAGCGGUUGUAGAUUGUGAAACAGACCAGUGGCGUUGCGAUGAUGGCACGUGCAUCUCACACACGUUGGUUUGUGACGGCACUCCGGCUUGUGCGGACGCAAGUGACGAAACAUUAUGCGAGGACUGCUUAGAUGAGGACUUCCUGUCCCUUUGUGAUGAAGGAACAAAGUGUCUCCCGAUUUCCUAUGUCUGCGACGGAGUGCAGCACUGCGACGAUUUCGAAGACGAGAGAUACUGUGAAAAUUGUGAGGAGAAUGGAUAUCUUAGCUGCAAAGUAGGAUCCCAGUGUUACAGGUAUUCUGACGCCUGCAAUAACAUUAUAGAUUGCCCACGAUUUCGAGAUGAGUUUAAUUGCUAUGAGUGUGCUGCUGUAUCCACGAGCCAGUGCCAAUCCAUCCUCCCUUACAACCAGACAUUUUUCCCCAGCAUCUUCAAGACGGCGGAGGAGUCCAUUGACUUCUACAUGGAUUUCAGCUCAAUCAUGGACUGCCACCCAGACUUGGAGUUCUUCCUCUGCGCCUACCUCUUCCCGGAGUGCGGCAGGUCGGGCUCGCCCCACUAUCUCUGCAGUGGCUUCUGCCGGGACGUCCAGUCCGCGUGCAGUGGGCCUUAUGCCGCCGCGCACAACGGGCUGGAGCUGAACUUCUUUUGUGAGCGCUACCCCAAGGCGGCUGAGGAGGAGUCUAGAUUGUGCAGGUCACCAUUUGAGGGGUGUGUGAUCGAAGCACCGACCGAGGUGGAUUUAUCUAACACCACCGCCUACAACCUGUAUUCACCAAACUACCCAAACAGCUACCCGGGGGCUUUCGACUGCCGCUGGCUCUUCACGGCCGACGUGGGCAAGUACAUCGUAUUCGUGCUUGAGGACAUGUCCAUGUGGGACGACAGCGUCUACAUGGGGCCUGGGCACGAGGUAGACCUGGACACCGCGACGUACUACUAUCGGAACGAGGCGCGCUUCGGCAAGUGGCUGCUCAACGUCACGGUAAAGUCCGACGUUGCUUGGUUGCAGUUGAUUACCGGAACUGCUAAUGUGGCUCGGGGCUUUCAUUUUCGGGUCAUACAAGUGGAUGCUUUCAACGAGACCUGUGCCGAUGACGAGUUUCUCUGCGACGUAGGAGGAUGCUUCCCGAAGACGCGACUGUGCGACGGGUUUGAGGAUUGCUACGACCUGAAGGAUGAGUUAGAUUGUGAUGUGUGCCCCUACUACGACCAAGUGAAGUGCAAUGAUGGCUCGUGCAUUCACCGGGCAGCUAUCUGCGAUGGCUACCCCGAUUGUGACACCGACGAGGAUAAUUGCACGUUUGUGUGUGACGAAGGGAGCAGCAUCUUUGUGAACGAUUUGGUACUCUGUGACAGCUUCAACGAUUGUAGCAAUCACGCGGAUGAACUGCUGAACUGCUCAUGUGUCGAGGGUCGACAGUUUGACUGUGGGGAGCGAUGUAUUCCCGUCAACUAUUUAUGCGACGGCACUAGUGACUGUGCGAACGGUAGUGACGAAGUGAACUGUACCUGCCCUAAUUGGAAACGGCCAUGUGAUGACGGAUACUGCAUCCCUUUCUGGCUUUUCUGCGACAAUUCGACGGACUGCAACGACGGUAGUGACGAAAGCGACUGCCCUCCUUGUCCCGGCAACUACUAUCAGUGUGAGAAUUUGCAGUGUAUUUCGGCAGACGGACUUUGCGACGGUUAUUUUGACUGCUCGGACUGGAGUGACGAAACUGACUGCGUGGGUAUUUAUCACGAGUGUCCAGCGGACGCCUUCCAGUGCCCCUCUGACCAGCAGUGCGUUCCUCGGGUGGGUGUCUGUGAUGGCGUUGUCAACUGUAGGGAUGGUGAAGAUGAGGAAGAUUGUGACAAGACAAUCCCUCCCCAAGAUGAAGCCUGUGGUGACAGGCAAAUUGAACUCACCGCGGUCGGCCAGAAUUUUACGCUGACCUUCCCAGCGAUUGUUGGUCUUCCGGCCAGCUGCUUGUGGCUCAUCACGAGUCCUCCGAACACCCAAAUCACCGUCACCAAGCUCAAGGAUCACCCAACGCGGGACAGGAUCAAGGUGGGAAACGGGCACGACCCGAUGGACAACAGCAAGAUGCUGGAACCCUACGACAUCCCAGUCGACAAGGCGCUAGUUGCCAGUGGCAACACCAUGUGGGUCAAAUUCGAAACGGAGCUGCACUUCCUGACUUUCGAUCUCCUAUUCAAGGCCUUAGAAAAUGUGUGCCCCGAGAACAAGAAACGGUGUUCACCAAAGUUCGAUAUAUGCAUCAUGUCAGCCAAUUGGUGCGACCAAAAACCAGACUGUAAAACAGGCUCAGACGAGAUUCAGUGCCUUCGCUUGGAGAACCAGGGAGAAACAGCAGACAGGAGGCAAGGUGUGGUGAAGGUUACCAUUGAAGGGGACGAGAAGUAUCUCUGUUACGAUGCACAGACGUGGAGCGAAGAAGUUGCCGACGUCAUAUGUAAUGAAUACGGCUAUGGUUACAUGAAUGAGACCAGCUUUGAUGACGUCAGCACAGUUGGACCAAUCACAGGCGGGUAUUACAUGCUACAAGAGAAGGCAGUCGCACAACUUUUUUCCCAAGGCCCCAAGCCAGCUCUUUACACACUUGUGACGCAUUUUGAAAACUGUCCCUCACGGAAGGUCAUACGGUUAUCCUGCGAAGAUCAAGACUGUGGCACACUGGGCCAGAUGCCACGAAUAGUGAACGGGAGGGACGUGGUCCCCGGGGAAGCGCCUUGGAUGGUUUCCCUCAGCCACCCUAGGGGAGAUACUGUCGACCAUUUCUGUGGGGGCGCCCUCAUAUCCAACAAAUGGGUCAUCACAGCUGGACAUUGCGCGAGCGGCAUUACACAACCGAAUGUUCUUAUGGGUUCUGUCAACCUGACUGGGACGGACGGGUAUGAGCAGAUCCGCCAGAGCAGGCGGAGCAUCCCUUUCCCUAAUUACAUCAACUUCAACGUCAACGACAUCGCGCUGCUGGAGCUGGACGUUCCUGUCUCCAUCAGCGAGCGAGUCCGGCCCGUGUGUCUCCCGCCCAGGAACGACUCGCACCUGACCAAGGCGGGCAGGUCGGGGACUGUGACUGGCUGGGGCGGCACUAUUCCACUCGGCAUAACACCUUUCGUGCUGCAGACGGCCCGUGCAACUAUCGUUGACACCGAGACCUGCAAGAAUUUCGAGGAAAAGGUCUAUGUUAACGAGAAAGUAAUCUGCUGCAUGAACCAGCACGGAGAGCAAAAUUCUUGCAAGGGAGAUAGUGGUGGACCUCUGGUUGUGUCAGACGGCGGUAAAUGGUAUCAGGUCGGACUGGUCAGUCGCGGCGGCACACCCAGCUGCUCUUCUCCUGGUCAGGUUGUGGUCUACACACGAUUGUCCUCGUUUAUCGAUUUUAUAGAGAAAUAUGUUAAAGGUUGAUGCUUUGUCACUCUGUCGUUCUUUGUGUCAGCGGAAGUUCCCGUUUCUGUGCAUUAGUUUACCUCGCAUACGAGGUUCCAAGGGGCUUGAGAUGAAGAAUCUUUGUUUUUAUUGUUUGGCGAAAUUUCGUUUUUCUUUAAAGGGUCCAAGUGAUGAGUCGUCUGAAACACAUACGUUUGCAUCUCCACACUCGUUUUUAAUGUAUGACAACCGUUUGGCAUCCUUCAAGGAGCAAGAGAACUGAAAAAUACAUUUUGCUUUCAUUUCAAAGCGUCUGAACCUUUCUGGACAACCGAGGGCGCUGUUGACAUGAUGUAAAUCCGGGAAAGACACUGUUCAGUUUCUCUCUUUUUCCUCCGCAAAUUGUGAGCCCCAAAUCUGCUCAUCGAAACUAUAUUUGAAACAGGUCUACUCGUUGAUUUAUUGCCGUUGAUUUUGAUUAGUUAUCAAAGGGGAGGAUAAUGAGUAGACCAAAGUAUCGGAAAAUCAGCAGUUUUUUAAACACAUUUUCUCCUUCGGAGGACCUCACAAUUUGCAGACGAACACGGAAAUUUGCAUUUGCCUAAACCAAAAGUGUGCCAAUCGUUGCCUGAAAACCAAAACAAUAAUAACCAAUAGACCUAAUGUCAAAUUGCAAAACAAAACUUGCAAACAAAGUUAGCUGAAACACGAAGGAACAUUUUCAGGGCUAAAGUUUAAUUCAUAAUUGCAUCGCAUGGACCCUUUAAACUGACUGUGGUAAUAGGGUGGAUCUGAAAGAGCAUCAUUAUCGAGACGUUCAUGGUGAGUUGCCCAUUAUUAUCUGUUCGAGAGGCCUUCUUCAUUAAAAGAUUAACCCCCAACCCAAUUUUCAUUCUCCUAUUUCUUCUGGCCUUCUCUAAAGAAGAUAUCAUGAUUAACCUGAAAAUGUAAUCAAGGAAAACAGAGCAAUGAAAACCAAUCUGUUAUUUGGUUGGACGCUUAGAAUAAGUAAGGCUUGGGAUUUUACUGCUGGUUGUUUGGAGAACUUCUAUUAAGCAUCACAGGGGACCAGCCUGGAGACAACACGAGAAGUCAUGAAUGGCUCAAUUUGUGGUUCCAUUGUUCCAGAUUUAUAUUUAAUCUUGCAAUAUCUUGAUAUUUCCUGAACGCAUUUAAUUACAAGAUUUUUUGUACGCAUUUACUAAAUUGGUUCUGUGGCGCAAUCGUCGAAAUGGAAUGAACUAAAAUGUUGUACUGAGUGUGGUGUGUUUAGAAUUUAAAUGUUUCCUACUGACAUCACUACUGUCCCCUAGGUGAGGGGAUGGUUUUUGAAACUAUUUUGUAAGCGUGAUAAAAACACACAGGCAGUGGGCACGUAGUAUACCAAGUGGAAAGCGUGGCACCAGACAGGCCUACAAUCUAAUAUGGUUUCUAUGGUUACAAAAUGCAAAAUAUGUUCGAUUCAAAUGAAUGAUUCUUAAAAUUACUUCCAUUGUUGAGGAAUAAUAACCUUUAAGGAUAGUCGAGCUUUCUCGGACCAUCUGGCAGCGGGGGAGGGGGAAUUCUGCCCCCGCCUCUUUCAGGGUUAGAGCAAAAUUUUACGGUGUUUUUAACACGAGUUUCGAUUCAGCUAUUUUGAAUGCGUAUGUCUGACUGCACCUUGGUGUACUAUAUGUGCCUCCGUACUUUACCAGUGGUCUUAUCAAUGCACAGCACUGUCUUGUGUAAUCAGUACUAGCCGUCAGGGACACGUGUUUAAUUCAUAGUUUUAUGAGGUGAAAAUAAAGCAAGCCUCACGGAGUACUGAAGGACAGUUGGGAUGGUUAUCAAAGAUGUGACGUUCAUUUCGGUUGUACGCAAGUAAAAUGCUAUUUCACUUGCUGGGGUGGUUUGAAAGGUAUGAAAAUAAGCAAAAUACCUGUAAGGAGAAAGAGAUGUACAUGUGUUAAUUAACCUGAAGUUACUCGUUUUUAAUAUUGUAUAAAUUGUAAAAUGUUGACAUAUAGCUUCCCACGCUUUUUGGCAGUUACGGUACACAGCGUAUCAGGGCAGGACUGACUUAAAAGGGCGCGCCCGUUGAAAUACACUCAAAUACACACACGCACGCUUCUAUAAGCACGGGAAUAUAUGUACCGAAAAAAGGAACGUCCAGUUGUUAAGGUACCUCAGUAAAAACUGUUACGUCAAUUUGCAUCAUAAAGAUUUUAUCAUCAAUAAGUUAUAAUCAAAUCCUCUUGAAGUACUUGUUUUAAUACGGUGUUACAUAUAAAGAUUUUGUAUGUGUUCGAUUAAUAUAAGUGUUUAUCAUUAUUACUGAAGUAGUUUAGCUCCAGGUCGUAGCUGUAGCUUUUUUAUGAGUACUAUGAAAACAAUGGUUGGACUUUUCUAACGAAUUUACUUUCCUCAAUUAAAUGGGAAAAAAUCGAAUUUCUUCAUGUUAAAAAUCAUGAAAUAAAUCAGUUUGUGUCGUAAACUAAUUUCCUUGAAGCA